AUGGACUCCGCGACCGCAGCGAAUGUCAUCGCCAAGAGGGCUCACUACUCCCCUCCAUGGGCUGAUGUCUCCCUCGUCGGGAUAGCUGGUAGCUCCGGCUCGGGGAAGUCGACAUUGUCAAGGGCCAUCGUCAACAAGCUGAAUCUGCCAUGGGUUGUGAUUCUGUCCAUGGACUCUUUCUACAAGAGUCUGGACGCGGAAGCAUCCAGGAAGGCCUUCCUGAACGAGUAUGACUUCGACUCUCCAGAUUGGAGUGUCUUCGAGACCUCAAAGCUGGGUGGGUCUCAUCAUGCGGCCCAGAUCUCCUUAGAAACGGCCACUGGGACUUAUGGAUAUGACAGAAAACGCGCCGAGAUCCCCAUUUACUCGUUCGAGAAACACGCUCGAGUAGACAAGACCACUGCCAUUUACUCGCCCCAUGUGUUGGUGGUGGAGGGGAUAUUUGCCUUGCACGAUCCGAGAGUCCUGGAGCUACUCGAUAUGAAGAUUUAUUGCGAGGCGGACGCGGAUACCUGUCUGUCACGAAGAAUAUUACGUGAUGUCGAGUGCAGAGGCAGGACCGUGGAAGGUGUGAUCAAGCAGUGGUUUAUGUGGGUGAAACCAAAUUUCGAGAAUUACGUCGACCCGCAGCGGAAGAAUGCGGAUGUGAUUGUGCCAACACGGGUUGAAAAUACGGUCGCCAUCGAUAUGGUUGUCCAGUCCAUCCAGCAGAAGCUCGUUGAGAAGUCCAGGCAUCAUCGAGCCGCACUUGUCCAGCUCGAACUUCAAGCCCAGUCGGAACCCCUGAGCAAGAAGGUUGUGAUACUGAAAGCGACGGCGCAGCUUAAAGGCAUGAACACUAUCAUCAGAGAUAUUGACACAUCCCCUGAGGACUUCAUAUUCUACUUUGACCGACUAGCCACCCUCAUAAUUGAGCAAGCAAUGAACAACGUGCGGUUCGCAUCCACAACCGUGGAAACGCCGCAGGGAUACCACUACCGGGGUCUCGCGCCACAAGGUGAAGUAUCAGCAGUCGUGCUGCUCCGAGGCGGCGCAGCACUGGAAACAGGCCUGAAGCGCGUGAUUCCGGACUGCAAAUCCGGACGUAUCCUCAUUCAAUCGAGCAUUCGCACGGGCGAGCCAGAGCUGCACUACAGCCAGCUUCCCAAGGACAUCGAGACCCAUGAGAGCGUGCUCUUGCUCGACGCGCAAAUGUCCUCUGGCGGGUCCGCAUUGAUGGCAGUCGCAUGGGGCUCCACCGACUGA